UCCUGCUUCCGCCUCAUUUCCUCUUCCUGCUUCCACUUCACUUCCUGUUCCUGCUUCCACCUCACUUCCUGUUCCUGCGGUGGUUAAGUCCAAAGCCGCUCAGUACAUUGAAGCCAGGAACCCAUUCCUCUGGAGCCUCCUCAGUCAGUCGUCCUCGUCCUCUUCGUCUCCGGUCAGUCCGUCUCCGCCUUCCUCAGGUCCGGUUCGUGGUCAGAGUUCAUCCAGUAGCUCCUCUUCCUCGUUGACUUCAGACGUUCGCCUCCAAACCUCGACCACCAAAGGUUCUGAAAGGGUGGAGGGCCGAUCUGAAGGAGCAAAGCCUACUGGGAAACGGGACAUGGAGCCCUCCAGAGGUUUUGAUUCUGCGGUCAGGAUCAACGUUCUGACCAAGUCCCAGCUGGAGUCCAGCUCAGAGAAACUGUUUGUCAAGUUUCAGUGGAUGAAGAAGAACUCCAAGUCUUCCAAGUCCAGCAGCUCUUUGGUACCCGGUUCUCCAAAAAUAAAGAGGUUACUCUCUGGGAAACGGCCUCAGAAGAUUCAGAACCAGCCUGGCAGUCCGGUCCAAAAACUGAACCGCCAGGCUGGAGGCAUGGAGUCUUCGCCCUCCAUGCCCUCCGUUCCUCCGUUCCCAUCCACCAAUCUGGUCUUCCCCAAGGCAGUUUCCACAGCAGCUCUGCCCACCAACGUUCAGCCACUUGUACCGGACACGUCUAACGUCCCGGUCCAGCCGUCGUCUAGUCUCAACCAGCAGGUUCUCGGCCAGAACCCACCUACCAUGCUGCUGCUGACCAAUACCAGCCAGACUCCUGUGACUGGCUUCGGUUCUGGUUCCCUCUCUUCGGUCCUGGCCGGUCCUCAAACUCCUCCAGGGAAUGACCCAUCUGUCAGGUGGAGUCCAGAGAUCCAGAACCUUCCUGAAUCCAACAACCUGCAGCUCCUAGAAUGUCUCAUCUCCGAGGUUGGACUUCCUUCCUCCGCCUUGAAAGACCAGCAGCAGAAUCCUGCUUCAAAGCAGAGGGGCAAACGAAACAGACUAGUACAAGGUUCUUCACCAUUAGAGUGCAGAUCAUCUGACCCAACCAGGACUGGAGCCUCGGACCAGGACCUCAUUGUGGUGCUGUCAGACGACGAGUCGCUGCCUGACGUGUACGAGGUUCAACCCAGCGUUGAGGAGGUCCGGUCAUUUCUUCCUCCAGUUACUGUUGGAGGUUCAGGUGCUGAGGUCGGUAUCGUUGACACCAAACCUCCAGGGGACGAGUCCAAACCAAGAACAUUCAAGUUUAUAGAAAGGGAGAUCUUUGAUGAAGCAGCUUCACCGGCGGUGUCAGAGGACAGGAUGUCCACUGCCUUGUCUGAAGUACCUGAGCUAGGACUCAAACUGUCUUCCUCUGACACAUCUGACAGCGACGAUGAAGACUUGCUGAGCAUCAGGACUGAACAGCCGGACUACGGUCAGCUCUGCUGGCAGCCCACCGUGUCUCUGCUGAGACUUCCCCUGUCCCUGCCUGGACCUGGACGGCACCUGCCUCGCUACCAUUUCAUCCUUGGAGACAAGCAGGAUGAGCUGUAUCUGCAGGAGAUGGAGGAGGACGAUCAGUCCAGCGGUGAGGACGUCUCAGAGAUCGUCUCUGACCACGACUCUGACGUCACCGAAGACUUUACCAUUCUUCACUCUACAGAGUCUCCACUGUCUCUGGAGGUCAUUUCCUGUGCCGCUUGUGGAUCGUCCAGUGCAUCAAAGAUCUGCACCAUCUGCGGUCGGGGGUACCACAGAGACUGCCACGUCCCUCCGUUUGGACCGGACAUCUGGUCGGAGCUGGUCUGCUCACUCUGUCAGGACCUGUCAGACCCUUCGGACCCCUACAGCUCCGACAGACCCAAGAGUCCACGCGGUUCUUCCCUCAGCCUGCAGGACCAGCGGAGAUGUGAGUCUCUCCUGCUGCACCUGAAGGUCGAAGGCUGCAGACACUUCUCUCAGUUGGACCUCUGGUCUGACCUCAUGCUCAUAUCGGAGCGUCUGAGCCACCAUCUCUCCCCUCCCUAUCAAACGCCUGCGCAGGUGGUCUCGGACCUCUGGGAUUUGUUCAGCGACGCCUCACAGGGCAACGCUUUACUGGAGCUGCAGCAGAGCUUCCAGAAGAGGCUGGUGGAAACGCUGGGAUCAGAACUUCCUCCAUCACUACUGAUGGCGCCGCCACCGCCUGGCAGCGCCCCGCCGCCGCCGCCGCCUGGCCCAUUGGACUCGGGGGAGAACUUGCUGUCCGAUUCACAGGUGAAAGUUCUGAAGAAGAGACUGAAGGACCUGAUGGACCUGAACGGACCGGCUGCAGCCAAGAGGCCAAGGAGCGUAAAUCCUGAAGACCAGACGUAUCAGAUGUGAAAAAUUUAACUAAUCCAUCAUUUAAAACUUCAAACAUUUUUACUGCAGAAGUUCUGCUUACUGGACCGGCUCCAGCAACGUGUCUGAGUAACCGGUCUGAGUGGAACCGAAGCGGUCUGGUGGCCCGAUGUGGGUCGGGGUUCUGAGUGCCUUUUGGUUUCUCUGUUUGCAGAUCAGUUAGUUAUUUAUAUGUGAAACUUCACAGCUUCUCUCAGGGAGUAAACAAUGAAACUAAUAUUAGUUACUGAAACUAACAACUUUAAACCGUAAGGUUGUUUAUUUUUCUGUUAUGGAAUAAUUUUUACACAUUGUUAGAUUUAAAGUGUUUUUCAGUUGAAAUGUUUGCAGAAACUUUUGCUGAUGAAUCAGACUGAGCUGAUUGUGACGAUAUCAGAAUCAGUAAAUUAUUCAAACUGCCUUAAAAAGCCAAAACUUUAGUUGAAGAAUAAAAUAUUUCUUUGUGCAGCUGCA